AUGGCAAUCAGCAAGCUCCUUAGACUGUUUCGAUUGCAGAUGUGCCUUCUUCUGACUCAGCAGGACAGCUCCAGCAAGUAUCUUCGAAUACUCGGCCGAAUCCAGUAUCUGCAAACGGACGCGGAAUAUAACUCUCGAUCAGCAGAGUAUCAUGAGCCAACCGAAGAUUCAGUCGAAAGCUUGGGCACGCGCUUGAAGAUAUCUCUGCCUGAAAGCUGCGGAGUUAUUCGCGCUACAGAAGAGAACCAGGCUCCUGAGGCUGUUUCGAUUGCAGAUGAUAUCUAUAUCAUCGAAUCCGAGUCCGGGGCUAAUGUCCCCUGGUGCCCGGAAUAUUCGGCUUCCGUUGAGUCCGGGCCCAGGUGA